CCCCAAGGCUGGGAUCCUGCUUCUUUUGAAGCACUCAGGAAUUCUGACUCUCCGAUGCUCCCUCCUGCCCUGCCCUGGGGCUAUGCAUAGAGCCGCCCAUCAUGAUCUGGAAAGCUCGGAGCGAGGACAGAGUUUCCUGAGCAGCCUGGGAGCCGGGGGUGCAGGGACUUAGGAGACGAGGAAAGGAGCAGACAAGAUCCAGGGAGAGAGGGGUGGAAAGGUCAUCCUUCAAAAUGGCUGCCAACACCACCUCUCAAGAAAACCUUGAUGGAGGCCAUGAGGACUACCUAGCCUUUGAUGACUAUGCAGAUCUCCACAACUCAAUGCACAUCCUCUCCAUGGUGGUCUACAGCAUUGCCUUUGCGCUGGGGGUAGUGGGCAACGGCCUGGUCAUCUUUGUCACUGGCUUCCGCAUGAAAAGGACGGUCAACACCAUUUGGUUCCUCAACUUGGCUGCCGCUGAUUUCGUCUUCACUUUCUUCUUGCCACUGAACGUGGCCUACAUCGCCCUAGGCUUCCAUUGGCCCUUUGGGAAGGCCCUGUGCAAGCUCAGCACCACAGUCGCCUCCAUCAACAUGUAUGCCAGUGUCUUCCUGCUCACCGUCAUCAGCAUGGACCGUUGCGUCUCGGUGGCAUGUCCAGUCUGGGGCCAGAACUACCGCUCUCCCCGGCUGGCUUCUCUGGUGGCGCUGGGCAUCUGGGUUGCUGCCCUGGUGCUCAGCUCCCCAGCCCUCGCAUUCCGGGACACCAGAAACUUCGAAGAAAAUGUCACUCGCUGCUAUAACAAUUACGCCUUGUCUGAUGACUUCCAGUCAGAGGAAGUGGCUCAGCUGGAAGCUUAUCGCCACCAGACCAUGGUGCUGACCCGUUUUGUGGUUGGGUUCCUGGUACCCUUUACCAUCAUCCUCUUCUGUUAUGGCAUUAUCACCGCCAGGCUGAGGGGGAACCGGCUGACCCAUUCCAGAAGGCCCUUCAAGAUCAUGGUGGCGGUGGUCUUGGCCUUCUUUGUCUGCUGGUUCCCUUAUCAUGUCUUCUCCUUCCUAGAGAUGUCAGUCACCACGGUCUCCCCCUGGCUGGAGACAGUUCUAGUCAUGGGGAUACCUUUGGCGACAGGCCUGGCCUAUCUCAACAGCUGCCUGAACCCCUUCUUGUAUGUCUUUGUGGGGCAGGACUUCAGGGAGAAGCUGCGGAUGUCUGUGCUUGCAGCUUUUGAGAAUGCUUUCAGUGAGACUUCUGCCCAGGCUUUUUCCAAGAGCAAAUCCAGUGCAGAGAUGGAGUGCCAUCUCGUCUAGAGUGGGGUGGGCAUGAGGUUGCUCAGAAGGGGUUGCCAGAAAUUUGGGCUUGCUUGCUUCUCCCUCCCUUCCCGUCCAGCCAGUACUCCAGAUCUGAUUGGCUGGCUGAGUGGGGUCCUGGCCGCGCCAUUUUAAAUCUCCCUGCCUUCGAGUGUUUAGGGUUGCUCCCCCCGCAAUAGUUAUUUCUCUUCAGUUUCUUCUCCUAUAAAGGAGCCUCUACUUGCUGCCCCUCUGUCCUGUGACAGAAGUCACCAGAAAUCCAGGAGUUUUAAAGUUCAAAUCCCUUAUUCUGUCGAUGGCUCCACUGCUGCCAUUUUGUGACUGACUCUGCCUGGAAAUUCUCUACGCCUCCAUUUUGUGACUGACUCUGCCUGGAAAUUCUCUACGCCUCCAUUUUGUGACUGACUCCACCUGGAAAUUCUCUACGCCUCCAUUUUGCGACUGACUCCACCUUCCCAAGCUGCUGUUUCAUGCUGGUAGCUCUCAAGGCGCUGACCCAAACAAAAGGAAAAAAGAAAAGGAGAUAUAAAAUAAAGAGUAGUUCCUAGAAAUCCUACAUCUUCCCCUGUCACUCUAGAGGGCUCCAGUCCAGACUCAGUUUCUCAGGAAAAGUAGAAUAGGACAGUUGGCUUUUCCUUGGGAAGAGGAGUUGGUUCUAGAAUCUUCUAAAUAGCCUGCAUUUCAGUGUGUGUGUUUGUGUGUGUGUGUAAGGUCACCUCUGUGGGUUGCAGCUGUAUUCUGAGGCAACUUCUGCUUUCAGUGCAAUGCAGGAAACCUACUGUAUCUUAGGUUCUAAGGGAAGGCCAAUUAGCCCAACUGAGGAUCAGCCCAAUUGCUGAUCUGUCCUUGCUUCUGCCAGAUAGUUCUCAAACAAUGGUGAGGUCUAUGACUCUGACCACUUCUCUGCAAUAAACCUUUGAGUCAUGAUCUAAUUCCUGCGCCAAAGGGGGAAAUAGUGCUGUGUACAUGUGAUGCUGUCAUUCUUUAAGUCCAACCUGUAGAGCUGAUUGUGACAGAAAUGAUAUAUUUCGGUCUUCUCUGCUGUUUCUCGCAUGAUGCAAGAACUACUUACAGUAAAUGCCACAUUCAAUCUGCAGUGCCCAUGGAAAAUAAAUUGUUGACA